CCUCAGGAGGCAGUAACGCUCACUAACGUCAAUGCGCAUGCGCAGUGUCACCACACAACCGCAAUAAGCAAACAUGGCGGCGGCCGUCGACAGUGUUGUGAAAGUGCUGGGAGAGCAGUAUUACAGAGAUGCCAUGGAGCAGUGUCAUAGUUACAACGCUCGUUUGUGUGCUGAGCGCAGCAUCCUCAUGCCUUUCCUGGAUUCUCAGACUGGAGUAGCCCAGUCCAAUUGUUACAUCUGGAUGGAGAAGAGUGACCGGAGUGCAGGUGUAGCUCCGGGGCAGUUGUACACUUACCCAGCCCGUCGCUGGAGGAAGAAACGCCGUUCUCAUCCCCCGGAGGACCCCCGCUUGGCCUUCCCCCCUCUCAAAGCAGCAGAUUUGGAGCUGGGUCUGAAGCGUGAUGCUUUGCGAGCAGCGGAUGGCAGCAGUCUGGAGGCCCUACUGAAGGGGGAGCCCAUUGACAGGAAGAGCGGAGUGUCGGACCUUCGGGGCCCUGAAGAUGACUCUGCAGCUGUGGAGCCUCCUGCCACCUCGGCGACCACUCACACGUCCUCUGGGCGUGUCCGCAAGAGAGUCCUGGACCACGAUGACUACUUAGACGACCUGGAUGAUGACGACUUUGAGGAUGAGACCCCGAAGAGGCGCGGCAAGAGCAAGUCCAAGGGGCGCAGUGAAAAGAAUGGCAAGAAAAAACAGGAGGCUGCGGCUGCAGCGCUGGAGGAGAGGGACAAGCCUUACGCCUGCGACAUCUGUGGGAAACGCUACAAGAACCGCCCUGGACUGAGCUACCACUAUACACACUCUCACCUGGCCGAGGAGGAGGGCGAGGACCGCGAGGAGAUCGAGGCACCACCCACUCCUCGCCAGCCUGAGGAGCAGAAGACAACUAAGAAGGGUCCCAAUGGGCUGGCACUGCCCAACGAUUACUGUGACUUCUGUCUGGGAGACUCCACUUUAAACCAGAAGACUGGCCAAUCAGAAGGGCUGGUGUCCUGCUCAGACUGUGGACGCUCAGGCCACCCAACAUGCUUGCAGUUCACACCGGUGAUGAUGGCCGCAGUGAAGACCUACCGCUGGCAGUGCAUAGAGUGCAAGUGCUGCAAUGUUUGCGGCACCUCAGAGAAUGAUGACCAACUGCUGUUCUGUGAUGACUGUGACCGAGGCUACCAUAUGUACUGUCUAAGUCCCCCCAUGACUGAACCACCAGAGGGGAGCUGGAGCUGCCACCUGUGCCUGGUUCUGUUGAAGGACAAAGCCUCCAUAUACCAGCAGAAUCAGAGCUCCACCCCUGAGUGACAUCAUAUCAACAAGUCCCGCCCCCGAUGGAAACAUCAGACUUCCUCUCAGUCCAGAUCACCAGGCUCUGUGCAGAUGUAGCUGAGCCAGAUUGCAGAUCAGCUUUAGAAGUCUUAAUAUCUACAGUGUCAGUCAACAUGGAAAUAAAACUAUCACUACCAACCUGCCUGCAAAACCCCCGCGGCUUGCCAUCAAACACAUACAUAUUUUUGAGUAUAUACAGUAUGGACACACACUCUCUUCUGGACUGUUACACACAUUAUAUACAGAGAGCAUGCAGUAACCACAGUAAUCGCUGUCUCCAUGGGAGUUCCCAGGAGCAAACGGGUUAGCCUCACAGCUAAUUAUCUGCACGCUUUCACACUUAAAGAUAGUGUGGACUGUCGAGACAACUCCGUUUUAUUUCUGCCAAAUUAUCUAUUUUUAUUCUCUGAAUGUGGGAGAAAGAAGAAAAAAAAAUCACCACUUAUACGGUCAAGGAAUAUUAUUAUUAUUACUACUAUUGUUAUUGUUCUGGUUACUAGUAGACCUUUGUAGUGGCAUUUGUUUGUGUACCUUUGUCUGAUCCAUUGGAGCCUAAAUCUUUUAAAGGUGUCCCUGACGGGAGCCGGUCAGUGCCAAGGUCCACCGUCAUAAGAAAUACACACAACAACUACCCAUGGAGUUUAUCAUAACUAUGUCAACCAUCUUUGUUUCAUUUGAAAUCUGGGACAAAGAUGAUAAUAAAAGAAAUCUUAAUUUUUUUCCAACCAAAAACUUUGGCUUUGACUCGUUAAGCUGUUAGCACAUCUUUGGCCUUGCUUCUUUAGGGUUGCACCAAAACCAUCUUUGAUUCAGUUACUGGUUUGAUCCGUUACCUUAACCAAACAUAAUACAACAGAGCAUAAUACUGUAAGUUCAGACAGAAACUUUGUGAAAUGCCUGUCUUCAAUAUUCUUUCUCCAUCAGACAGAGCUAACAUUCUCUUAUUUUGAAAAACAUGACUUAAUUAGUCAGAUAAUGCUGUUCUUUUUGAAAGAAACCGACCAAUACGUGAAACUAGUAAUCAUAAAGGUGCAUCCUUUUCUCAAAGAUGUUUUGUGCUAGCUUUUAAGAAACAGUUUUGCAGUGACAUCACCAUACACAAGUCAACAUCUGCCGUUAAACUGAUGACACAGUAUCAUCUAUAGACUGUAGCUGCUUUUAUCAUUUGUCACACUGAGGCAGAUUUGCAUGCAGAUUGCACCUGUAUGAAUGCACACACACCACAAAUGUAUGUUUGUUUUUUGUGCUUUUUUUUUUUACAUUUUAUAUUACCUGAUAUUCCAUUGGUAUUGGGAGUUUUUUCUAGUAGAAUUUUGUAAAGUCUAUGGUAUAGCAAACACUUCAAUAUAGCUCCUAAUGCAUUCUAUGUACUGUAUUGACUUUUUCUAUUUUUGUUAUGACUGUGACAUGUUUGAAUUUAUUUGAUUAUUCUGAUAUGUCAGACCUCCAUUAUGAGUAUUUGUAAAAUUAUGUACUUUGUUGUACUAUUUUUAUUUUUUACAUUUCUUUGGUAUCAAAGCCAAUUUAGCUUGACUGAAAUAAAAAUCACUUCGAAUUA